UACGUGAAUUCUCUGUACUGUAUAUCAUCCCUUUGUAUAUCUUAGUCAAAGGCAAUUCAACUUGUUAGACAUGGCUAGGUCAACUAGUUGGAGUCACGCAAAUGAGUCUCUGGACGCAUUGACAAAACAAUGGGGUAAUUUUUCAUUGCGUCGAUGACGUCAGCUGGCCUUGCGAUUUGCGUCAUUUGUGUAUUGCAAUAUAAAUUAUUUUCCGUUUCGCCCAAUUACUGUGGCUACAAAUAUUUUUUAUUUAUUUCAUUAUUAAUAUUUGUUGCGACAAAUGUGUAUGAUGUAAGAAUUACAUUUUAUUAGGCCAAAAUCCGUACUAAGUACGCUAAAUUCAUUAUGUCAUAUAACGAGAAACGCAUUUCCCGUUGGUAUUUCGGGGGUCUGGCCAGUACGUUAGGAACGAUAGUCACACAUCCGUUAGACGUGGUAAAGGUGCAAAUGCAGACGCAGAAGAGAGUGAAGAAACAGAAACUAUCGACAGUCGGUUUCAUGCACAUGUUAGUCAAACAGCACGGCAUAUAUUCGCUUUUCAAGGGCAUAUCUGCUUCGCUGAUGCGUCAGUACACCUAUACAAUGGCACGCUUUGGCAUAUAUGCCGCAGGCGCCAGAGUGGUUGACACCCACUCGAUGACGAGCAAAGUGCUGCUGUCCGCUUUCAGUGGGGCCGCAGGUGGACUCAUUGGUGCGCCGGCAGACUUGCUGAACGUGCGCUUGCAGAACGAUGUCAAGCUGCCGCUAGAGAACAGAAGAAACUACAAGAACGUUUUUGACGGUCUGGUGCGCGUGUGCCGGGAGGAGGGCUGCUUCAGUCUGCUUAAUGGCGCAUCCUUUGCUGCGCUGCGAGGCGCUUUUAUGACCGUUGGACAGAUUGCCUUCUAUGAACAGACUAAGGACAUUCUACUAACCGCAGGCUUUCCAGCCCGCGCCGAUACUUAUGUCUUCUCGUCGAUCAUAUCGGCCAUUGCAGCGACACUUCUUACCCAGCCAAUUGACGUGGCCAAAACGCGUUCGAUGAAUGCGGCUCCUGGCAAGUAUAGAAGCCUCACAGAUGUAUUUUACAAAACAGCCUUAGAGGGGCCCAUGGCAUUCUACAAGGGCUCGAUACCAGCCCUUCUACGCCUAGUGCCGCACACAGUAUUGCUUUUCGUAAGUCUCGAGUUUUUACGCUCAUACUUUGGAUAUUUACCGAAUGAAAAGUCGGUUUGAACCUAAUCUGACUUAGUAUGGCAUUUAUACCUUUAACUAAACUUGUAUAUUCAUAAAAUAAAAAUUUGUUUUUA